AUGGCGUAUGAGAGCGGGACUGACUACGGCUUCCUCGUGAGCCAGAACACGAAGCUCCUGAGCGCGCUGGAGGACCUGCGGCACCGCUGCUCCAGCCUGGCCGAGGAGAACAGCUUGCUGCGCAGGAGCUGCUUCCCCCAGACGGAGGAGAAGGUGAAGCAUCUGAAGAGGAAGAACGCGGAGCUGGCGGUGAUCGCCAAGCGCCUGGAGGAGAGAGCCCGGAAACUCCAGGAGGCAAACCUCAAAGUGGAUGACCCUCGCUGCCUGAACGUCAUAGAGUUUGAUCGCCUGUUGCGGGAAUCCCAGCGAGAGGUGUUGCGGCUGCAGAGACAGAUCGCACUGAAGAAUUUCAAGGAGUGUCUACGUUCCUCUAAAAUCAGUUCAGGCGGCGCUUUGCCAAGCACUGCCGCACGUGUGGGACCGCCCGCACCGACGCUAAAUACCUGCAUCAAAGGUUCACCUCUACCGAAGGAGACCCGCUUGGGAGACCCAGCACUUGGAGGGGAAGCACGCAGGGAGGAAUUUGAACUCAAGAAAAAGCGCAAAAAAUGUGAAAACCUUGAGCAUGAAGUGAGGAAAAAGCAUAAAAGAUGCAAAGAACUGGAGAUCCAGCUGCAGGAGGUACAAAGUGAAAAUGCACGACUGGCCGAAGAGAACUUGCAGCUGAACGAGAAGGCUGGAUGGGCAGGACAGCUCUCUGUCCUGCGUACCCCAUGGUAA